AUGAGAACUGCGACGACCACAGGCACGGUUCAGGUGCAAUGUCUGCUCCCACGGAAGCCGACUGUUCCUCGGCUGGAUCAACGGUUCGUCGAGAUUAAGAAGUCGCUCGUCAAGCCAGAGAAUAAACAGAAAGUCAUCCAAUCUUAUGCUCAGAUAUGCAAGACUCUUAAGGAUGAGAUUGAUUUUAUUCAAAAGAUGGGACCUAAGAUGGUCCCGGAGAUUGAUUUCAAUGACGUGCUUCUGAACGAUGGCAAGCUGCUUGCAGACUUCUCUGACCUUGUGCGCGAACGAGGCUGUGUUGUCCUCCGCAACGUUGUCCCCGAAGAGCAAGCCAGAGCCUGGGAGCAAGAACUCCUCGAAUACACCCGCAAACACCGCAAUGUCGGAGGAUAUCCUCACGAUAACCCACAAAACUGGUCGUUAUGGUGGACACGGCCUCAAGUACAAAUGAGAAGCAAUCCGCGAGUGCUAAAAGCCAUGAAAGCUGUGUCUGGCCUUUGGCACAUAAAUGACAAGUCACUUCCACUCGAUUUUGAUUCGCAGGUUGUUUAUCCAGAUCGAUUUCGGAUUCGGUACCCAAGCAAGGAUGCCGAAUAUACCUUGCCACCGCACUUGGAUAGCGGUGCUAUUGAGCGCUGGGAGGAUGAAGAGAAUCGCGCUAGCUAUGAGGAUAUAUUCACCGGUAACUGGCAGGACUGGGAUGCGUGGACAGUGGAUCACCGUAUCGGAGCAAAGAGCGACCUGUACGGAAUUGAGGCGGCAUGCUCAUGCUGGCGAAGUCUGCAAGGCUGGCUUUCCCUUUGA